CAAACCUCACAAGAAAAAGAGCAACACCAUGUUUACGUAGUUAGCCUUUAUUUUAUUGUUUGUCUUUUUUUUGGGAUCCUUGUAAGAAGGUAUCGCUCCCAAAUUAACCUAAAAUGAGAAUCUCAUGGCCACAAGCAGCUUCUGCAGCAUCUCUCAGGAAUUCCCUUAUCAGCAGUAGCAGAUUUUGUUAAAGAUGAGCCGUCCAGUCUACUUCACCAGAGCUAAAGAAGAGGAAAACCUCUGGAUAGAUAGAAAGAGAGAAGACAAGCAAACAAUUACUGGGGAGGAGGCCAGAGACUUUUAUCAGAGCCUGCUACAAGAGACGGAUGGAGAAAAGCCAAAAGGGGGAGAAGCAGCAACCACAAGAAGAGUGAGAAGAAGAGCAGGUCCCAAAAGAAGAAGAGAAGCACGCCGUCCAGAAGCUGCUCAUGUUGAACCGGUUAACACUUCAGAGCGUGAUGGAUACAAACUCCUCCGAUGUGCCCAGGAGGGAAACAUUCGGGCCCUAAAGGACCUCUUGCGGCGUGGCAUUGAUGUCAACUUCCGUGAUGAUUUUUACUGGACAGGUGUGAUGUGUGCGAGUAAGGCAGGACAAACGGACGCUGUUCGGCUGCUCCUGCAACACGGCGCUGCUUGGGUGGGAGUUGUGGACAAACAGGGCAGAGAUGCUCGGGAUCUGGCCCUGCAGGCAGGUCACCAGGAUGUAGUGAGAGAACUGGAGCAGUUCAGCGUGUCAGAGAUCACAAACACGCCAACUACAAACAGAGAGAGCGUUCAUCCUCAGUGGUGUAAUUUGUGUGCUGUGCAUUACACAGACAGCACUGAAACACACAACAGGUCCACACUGCAUCAGUUCAGCGAGCUCCGCCCCCCAACCACCCCUCAAUACUGCCUGCCCUCUUCCAGCAACAGCUACAAAAUGAUGCUCCGUUUGGGGUGGGACCCCGCUUCUGGUCUCGGACCCGCCCACUCCGGACGCAAAAACCCAGUAAGCACUGUACUAAAGAGAGACCAGGCCGGCCUGGGGUAUGGAGCUAGCCCACAGUCGAAAGUCACACACUUCCAGGCCAAAGAUCCUCAGGCAGUGCAACACGUACGUAAACAGAAAAGACUGGAGAAGAGACAGGAGAAAGGCACAACCCUCUGUGCUAAAGAACUUAAGAGGAAAGAAGAACGAGACAAGAAAUGGGAAAGAGACUACCGGGCAUCAUUUAACUUUGACUUCUGACCUACUGUGCCUUUGUUCAAAAUUCUCUUGUCUUUCUCUAAACCAGUGUCAAAGGGUUAAACUGAUUGUGUUUUAAAGGGUGGAGGGGCACAAAUUCAACAUGGGUUUUUUGUGACAUCUAUAAACCUAACAGGGAGGAAUGUGAAACUAACAGGGUUAAAAUUCUGAUAUAAUUGUAUUUAUUGUAUGCUGCCAAUGAAUCUACCUCCAUAAAUAUUUUGAGUGGUAAUAUAAGUACAAUUGUAUUGUAGUUAAUGAACUAGAAAAUCGAUGCUGAAAAUUCAGAUUUACCAACAGAAAUAAAUUAAAAUAAGCUAUUUUAAAUUGCAAAAAUAUUUCACAGUAUUACUAUUUUUGAUGUAUUUGCUGUAACUUUAAAAAUCGUGCUGAUCUAAAACUUCUGAGCGGCGAUAUGUAGAAAAAAAAAACAAAAAACAAAUAUUUAAUCUUGUUUUGUUGGGUAUCAUAAGCACAGUCUAAAAUAAGUUAAAUGAACUUAACUUAAUUAAUGUCCCUCCUCUAAAAGGAAAUCUGGAUUUUAGUUAUUAAUAAACAAUAUGUUUUGAAACAAUGUUAUACAGGUGCAUUACAGAUGGGAAAUAAUGCAAUGACUGAAAGCUCAUUUGCUGUUAGAACCUGUUAACACUGGUCUUCCACCCUGUUAGGCCGUUUCACUCUGUUAAGCUCUCUUCCACCCUGUUAGAAUUCAAGAAAAUAUUUGAAAACAACAUUAAAUGUUGGCCAUACAUUUGUCUUAUUUUGUGAGGUGAGGAGCAUUAACAGCAUAUAUAUGUUUUUGAGCAACUUUGUUAUAUUAUUUACCAUCCUGUUGGCAAAGAUGUGCACACAAGAGUACAUGUUUUAAUAAAUUUUUUUUAUUAAUAAUUUUUGUUGCAAGAAUAAAAAAUACCAUUAUGGCAUAAGGGACAUAUACUGUCUUAUUAUUGUUUAACAUUUACGUUAUUAAAAUAUGCACCUAACAGGGUGGAAUACAUUCACAGCGAUUGCCGGAAUAAUCUACCCAUAAUUAUUAUGUUUUAAGUCACUGAACUUGGCCAAUAUGUGCUCCAUAUAGUUAAACAUCACUGUUUUGGUAGAAUGCUAAAAACACUUGUAACCUGUUUUAUCAAACCUGUGAAUCAAAAAAGCAUUGGUUACCAGGAAUGACCCAUAAGUAUGAUAAAGAUAUUCAAUGUUUAAUUCCUUCCGUGUUGUUGCACUGUAGGAAUAGUGGUUUAAGCAACGGAGGUGUGUUGAACACAGCAGGCUUUUAAGAAGAAGCAAUAGAAAAAGUAAUUUAGCAACACCUCUGCUUUAACCCCGUAGGUGCUUGCCUGCGCUAUUAACCAAGAUAUAAACUUCAGAUUUUCAAUA